GGUGAGUGGGUGAUCCCGUCUCAUCAUUUGCGUCUGUGGUAAAGGUUGGGGAGCUUGCUUGUUCGAAACCCUAGCCUCCAGCCACCCCGAAAAAAACCCUAAUCCCCGCCAUGGCGAAGAAGCGAAAGCUCAGAUCUUCUGAACCCGAACCAUCAAAAGGCCCCGAAUCAGAAACCCAACAGCAGCAACUGCUACCACAAGAAGAAGCUCAAGAACAAGUAGAGCAAGAACAACAGCAGCAGCUUCAGGAACCAGACCAGAUCGACUUCAUACCAAUCCAGGAAGAUGAGCCAGAGAAACAGGAACAAGACCAGAGCAUGGUCGAAGAUGAACCCCAAGGAGAGCAAGGAGUCCAGGAGCAAGCAGACCAAGAACAAAACGAUGAUGAAGAAGAAGAAGAAGAGGAAGAGGAUGACGAAGGCGAACAAAUCCUAAACGCAUCUAACGAAACAGUAAACGCGCCCAACAACGCUGUUUCGUCCGAUCCCGCCCCACCCGAAGCUAACGGAGAGCAAAACGCGGCAGAGGAAGAAGACGGUGGUGAGGAAGAUUUAGAGGACGAGCCUUUUGAUAGGCUUGUCGAGCCCUUCACUAAGGAGCAGCUUGUCCUUCUCAUCCGAGAAGCUGUUGAGAAGUACCCUGAUUUUGUCGAGAAUGUCCGCAAACUUGCUGACGCCGAUCCAGCUCACCGCAAGAUCUUUGUGCACGGUCUUGGUUGGGACACCACGAAUGAAACCCUAACCAGUGUGUUCGCCAAAUAUGGUCCCAUCGAGGACUGUAAGGCAGUGUGCGAUAAGGUGUCGGGCAAAUCUAAGGGCUAUGCUUUUAUUCUGUUCAAGCACCGGAGUGGAGCCCGUAAAGCUUUGAAGCAGCCGCAGAAGAAGAUUGGGAGUCGGAUGACUUCAUGUCAAUUGGCAUCUGCAGGACCUGUACCUGCCCCGCCCCCUGUUGCACCGCCCGUGUCAGAGUACACACAGAGGAAGAUUUUUGUGAGCAACGUGUCAGCUGAUAUCGAUCCGAGGAAACUACUUGAGUUCUUUGCUAAAUAUGGGGAGAUUGAGGAGGGCCCGCUGGGGCUUGACAAGCAGACUGGGAAGCCGAAGGGAUUUGCACUUUUUGUGUACAGGUCGGUCGAGAGUUCAAAGAAGGCACUUGAAGAGCCACACAAGACCUUCGAAGGACAUACACUGCAUUGUCAGAAGGCCAUCGAUGGCCCAAAGCAGAGCAAACCUUUUCAUCAUCAUCAUCAUAAUCAGUAUUAUCAGCCACAUCAUCCUCCGAGGAAGGAGAAGGGUAAGUAUUCAUCAUCAGGCGCGUCUGGACCAGGGCAUUUGAUGGCUCCCUCAGCUCCUGGGCAGGGGUUCAAUCCAGGAGUUGCAGCAGCGGCUGCAGCUGCACAGGGCCUGAACCCAGCUCUUGGACAGGCCUUGACCGCACUGCUUGCAACUCAGGGAGCUGGGUUGGGAAUCACAAAUUUGCUUGGAGGUCUUGGUGGGGCAGUGAACCAGAAUGCACCUCCGGUGGCUGGACAUGGAAUGCAGGGUGGGUACGGAAAUCAAGCUGGCGCAAGCUAUGGAACCCAGCCUGGAAUGCAGGGUGGGUACCAGAACCCCCAAAUGGGGCAAGCUAAUGUUGGCAGGCCUCCGCAGGGCGGACCGCCUUACAUGGGUCACUAGAUUCCUCAUAGAUGCAUCAAUCUUUUAGUUUUGGACUCUGGUGAUUCUUCUGAAGUUCAAGGCACUCUUGCAAACGACAUCUUUAUCUUUCUAUUGAAAAGCUACUGUUUGCCUACUACCAUAAAGACCAGAAUCUAAACCUGUACUCAUUUCUAUUUAAGUACUUUUGCCCUUCACUUGUUUUCAAAACAAUGUAGUAUUUUGGAUUCCAAUAUUUUCUUUUUCGAAAAGUGUGGGGAGCAGCUAGAGUUUUCAAGCAGAGAGUAUCGUGCCCCAGUGUUUUGUGGUUUAAUCAACUGCACUUUUCUAUAUUCUAUAUAAACCUAUCAUUGUAUUA